GGAAAGGUGCUGUUGCAGUUUAGUCUUGCCUGCCUCCCACUUGCCUGCAGUUUCUUUGGUCACAGGCUGCCUCACUCAUGGGGCCUGCCUGGGCCCAGGCCCACCUGACAGGUGAUCUCUGGCUGCCUCUACUCUGGCUGCUCCUGUCCCAGGUCUGCUGUUUCCAUGCCCUGCCAGGAUGGCGCUUCACUUCCUCUGAAAUUGUGAUCCCCAGGAAGGUGUCCCACAGGGUGGGUGGAGCUGGGGUGCAAGACCAGCUGUCCUACAGAAUUCACUUCAGGGGCCGUAGGCUUGUGGUUCACAUGAAGGUCAAGAAGAACUUGCUGCCCAGACAGUUUCCUGUUAUCACCGAUAACGACCAAGGUGCGAUGCAGGAGGACUACCCCUUUGUCCCUCGAGACUGCUACUACUACAGCUACCUGGAAGGAGUGCCCGGGUCCAUGGGCACGCUGGACACCUGCCGUGGGGGUCUGCGUGGCAUGCUGCAGGUGGAUGACUUCACUUACAAAAUCAAACCACUGGAGGAUUCUUCCAAGUUUGAGCAUCAUGUGGUUUCUCUGCUUGUGUCGGAAGAACAGUCAGCAGAGAAUGAAAGGUGUAGGAUUGAAGAAGAAGAUGGUGAUCUAGCAUAUGAAGAGGCAAUGGUUGCUGAAAACCCUAGAGCUGUGCCCGUGUAUUUGUGGUGGACCCAUAAGCAAUACGUGAAAAUUCACUAUACAGUUACUAGCUCAUUAUACUCGAUGUCCCGUAAUAUUACACGGGUAAUAGAGAACGUGGUGAUGAUAAACAACAUAAUGCAUACCAUUUAUUUUCACCAUCAACUAGUCAUCCACAUACGCGUUAUAUGCAUAUGGCAACGUAGGGAUCCUAUGGACGUAACCCGUCAGAAUGCUCAGAGAAUCAUAAAACAGUUUGGUUCGUGGAAAUUUUCGAAGUUUUUUCACGAAAUUCCUCAUGAUACUUCAUUGCUUCUUACAGGACAUAAAUUGUCUGGAGGUAUAUAUCUUAGCCACCAUGAUGGAGUAUGCAACCCCAACUGGGGGGUCAUGGGUGUAUUUGUGGCACGUUUGCAUAUAUUUUUAGCUGCCUCUGUUUCAGCACAUGCACUUGGUCAUGGUUUGGGCAUGGGACAUGAUGAACCUGGUUGUAGAUGUUUUCGAAGGACCUUCUGUGUCAUGGCUCCUAAGCCGGGUCUUUUUGAUAUGUUUAGCAACUGUUCUUAUGCCAGAUUCCAGUUUUGUCUGUCUAUCUUUCCCUACUGUCUGAUUGAUAAAAAUGUACCAUAUGGUAAUUUUCCUUAUAUAGCUCCUCGUUGUGGUGACCAGAUCAUAAAUAAGAGGGAAGAAUGUGACUGUGGCACCUUUAGAGACUGUGCUAAAGAUAAAUGUUGUGAGACCAAUUGUGCCCUCUCCCUUGGCAGUCAAUGCAGUGGAGGAGGUUGCUGUUUGAAUUGUAAACCUGCUAAACCUGGAUGGAUUUGUAGGGAGAGGUCUGGCAUUUGUGAUCUAGCAGAAUACUGUGACGGGAAAACGGCUCUUUGUCCAGAAGAUGUUUAUAUCCAGGAUGGAACCCCGUGUUCAGGAUUAGCUGUUUGUGUGAGAGGAAACUGUAGUGACCGUGAUAUGCAGUGUCAGGCCCUUUUUGGCUACGAAGUAAGAGAUGGUUCACCAGCGUGCUAUAAGCAGUUGAAUGCAGUAGGUGACCGAUUUGGAAACUGUGGGUUGGUGAACGUCCUUUAUGGAAAAAGGACUCACAAAUGUGAACCAGAUGAUGUUUUUUGCGGAAUGUUGCACUGUCGUAAUGUCCCAGAAGUACCUGGUGGAGGUGAUCAUAUUACAUUUCGUCGCCUAAUAGUAAAAGAUGUUCAACAAGAAGUAUGCUUUGGAUUUGAUCUACACCUUGGCUCAGAAGAACCAGCUCUCGGACUUGUAAUAGAUGGUGCCACAUGUGGGCCUGGAAAAUUUUGUGUUGAACAGAAUUGUACUUUUCAUGCAGACAUGGGUUUUGAUUGUGAUGUCAAGACAUGCAAUUUCAGAGGGGUGUGCAACAAUAAGAAACAUUGUCACUGUCAACGAGGGUGGAAUCCACCAGGAUGUAACCAAACAGGACCAGGUGGUAGUGUGGACAGUGGCCCUGCACCUGACAGAGAACCAGGUGUUCGCGGCAAAAUAAGUGUUAAUAUAAACCACGCCCUAAUUGCGCUCUUUAUUCGAACAGCCCUUUUACUGCUUGUAUUACUUUUGGGUUGGCUUACAUACUUAACUGAAGAUGAUGAUGAAGGUGAUGAUAAAAGAAGGGAAGAUGUUUAUAUCCAGGAUGGAACCCCGUGUUCAGGAUUUGCCGUUUGUGUGAGCGGAAACUGUAGUGACCUUGAUAUGCAGCGUCAGGCCCUUUUUGGCUACGAAGUAAGAGAUGGUUCUCCAGCGUGCUAUCAGCAAUUGAAUGCAGUAGGUGACCGAUUUGGAAACUGUGGGUUGGUGGAGACAUGGGUUAUGAUUGUGAUGUCAAGACAUGCAAUUUCAGAGGGGUGUGCAACAAUAAGAAACAUUGUCACUGUCAACGAGGGUGGAAUCCACCAGGAUGUAACCAAACAGGACCAGGUAGGUGGUAGUGUGGACAGUGGCCCUGCACCUGACAGAGAACCAGGUGUUCGCGGCAAACUGGGGUAUUCCAAGUAUGAUGAGUUCAGCAUCCCUCCUUAUUGUAAAGCUUUCACAUAA